AUGUCCAUUUCUUUUAAGGAGCUUGUUGCGCUUCGUCGCGUGCAUCUGGCACAGCAGCAGCAACAGCAGCAGCAACAACGACAACAACCGCGACUGCAACCGCAGCCACCGUCGGGGCGAAGGGAUCGGAGUGCUGGAGCCGCUUCACAAUUUCCUGCUCCACCUGCGGCUGGGCAUGCGACGGAACGCGAGGGAAGCCCCGUAAAUGAGUGGGAUGGAAGCGACGGCGGCGACUCGGGUGACCAACAGCUGCCUCCUUGGCUGCAGGAGGAGCCCGCGACAGCGCCGACCCCUCGCCUGCAUCCUUGGUCCCAGCCAGUCGUGGGACGGUACACCGUGGGGGAGGAGGUGCCCGUCGGCAAGGAGCCCAAAGUCAUGGUGCCACGCGAGGACCUUAAAGGUGCUCUGCCGCGUGUAGAAGUGAUGCGGCGAUGGAGACGUCGGUACGAUGAGCUCUCAGUGGAGACACUGCUGAAGGAAAAGAACAUCAUUGUGGACGGCGAGUUUGCAGCUGACAUGCCGGGGUCCUACCACUCCUUGUUGCCUCUCCAGGCUUUUGAUGACAGACGCUACGAGGAGUUGUCGCCGGAGGAUUGGUUAGCCAAACAUGAUGGGUCGGGUAGGGUCCCGUGCAGGGCGCUGCGCAACGCAGGAAAAUGGCGCUGGUUGCCAGCGCUUCUCACUGACUGGGAUGCAAAAGCCAACGCACUAACCGUGGAACUGAUUGGCGUCGACGAGGAUGGCAAUGAACUGAAUAGUUCCCAAAAGGGGGGCGGGGCGGUGGUGACGCUUCCACGCUUGUAUGUAUGUUUUGACGCCGAAAACCCACGGAAUUUCGUGGAACGUUUUGCAGAAGCCUUCUCUUUGCGGAAACUGAUGGAGAAUAUGCUCCGUCAGCAGCUGUACGUGGAGUCCAUUCCACCAGAUGAGUACCAGGCAAUUGAUCCUCUGGUAUUAGAACGUGUGCAUAAGAUGAGUCUUAACACGCCCAAGCUAAAAGAAAAUGAGGCCACCCUCACGGUGAACAAGCUGUUGGAUGAGGUUAGAAGUGACUACUCCCGUGUCAUGAACUUGGCGUUGAUGAAGCAAAUGACAAAAAAUGGCGCGCUGAUGCAGCUGCUCAAUGGAUCAAGUCUCCCACCAGAGAAGCCAGCGGCGAAGCCCCGAGAGUGUGGUGUGCACAGGUUGCGUGAAAACCGUUUUUUGGAUGUGGUGAAAGCGCUCUAUAAGGGUUCAUUCUUUGCCUGUAACCCCAUCACCGUUGGCGUCCUUCAGCGGGUGCGGGAAGGGAACGAGGCCUUGUUGUCUCGAAAGAUAUUCCGUCUUGGCCAGGCGCUGGACGAGGUUUGCCCCAUGACCAUGGAUGCGUUUGAGGAGACGCAGAUUGGGUGCAUCCGCGAGAAUGCCCAGUUUAUGCGCGAGAAGUGGGUUCCUGGCAUUACAGCAUACGUCAAAAAUGCCUUUUCUCCUUGCGUCGAGGUUGGAGAAGUGAGUUUGCAGCUUCCCGAGAGCGCAUACGCGGGGUCCAAGACACAACGUCUCAUGUCUACCAUCACUGUGCAAAUGCAGGACGCCCUACGAACUCUUUUAACGCGGACGUUGGAUGAAGUUGCCUCCUUCCUUGAAACAACAGCCAACUACACCGUUCAUGUGCGAGGCAUUUCCGAUGUGGAGGCUGUUCCGCAUCAGAGUCAAGAAAAUAUGAGGAUUACACCACUUUUCAAACUCACGCUCGUGGAUGGGGAUUCACGGACUCUCAUGUAUACUACCACUGCCUCCGACUUUUCCAAGAUGUUGCUGGAGCUUAUUAAUCGUUGUUUGUCACUGCACACAGGGGUACGUUCUGUUGAGCGGCAGCUGUUUACCUUUCUGUAUGACCCUAGCACAGCAUUUGUGCCCUCCCUUGAUGGGGAAGACCCGGCUGUGCAGAACUGCCUAGGGCGCCUCUCCAGCACGCUCGCGCGUGCCGGAAUACCUCUUGAUGAAUACAUUGCAAAGUACGGCGAAUUUGAAGAGCUUGUCGCACUGGAUGUGCCGCAGUACUUGCAGUCUUUCAGGGAGCAGUUUACCUCCAUCAAGGGGGUGGAGGCUGAGAUUCAGCGUUACAUUAACCAGCGGGCCGACAUUGGGGCACGCAUUCCUCGCUUUGUAAACCUCGGUCUAUUUCAGGUUGACUGCACGGAUCUCCGACGGCGGCUGGAGGGCAAGUGCACCCAGAUUUCCAACGGCCUCCUUGACGUGGUCCUGUUCCGGGCGAAUACGAAGGCGUCGGAAAUAAACGACCAAUUUCGGGCCCUGCGCGAAGCUCUCAUAAAGCCGACAGAAACACCCGAGGAGGUCGUGGAGCGAAACGAGUUUAUUCGCACGAUUCCCGAAAAGGUGUUUGAUCUGCAGGCGAUUAUAGAUGAGAUACAGGAGAUCUACACAGUACUGGACGCCUUUCAGGUGCCGCUCUCGGAGGAUGACUUCAACAGAAAGUGGAUGGCUAUUGGUUGGCCCGCGCAGCUAGAUGACGAGGUCAUUCAGCGAAAUAAUGAAUUGGAGCAGACGAAGCGUAGCCUUAUUGUCAGUCUGCGCAAGUCACAGGAGGCGUUUCAGGACAAGGUUGCCCAGAUGCAACUCACCGUGGGCGGGUUUCAUCGUCGCGCCAACGUCAAUAAAAUUAACGAGAUUGUUGCAGACGUGCAUGCUAUACAGGAGCACAUUAAGGGCCUUAUUGAGACGGCCAACACCUUCAACACACACGAGUCUCUCUUUGCGCUUGAAACAACCGAUUACAGCGCAGUACGUGAGCUCGCUUCUGACUUUGACUCCUACGCCUCUCUUUGGCUUUCGGUUUAUGACUGGAACACGGCCAUGCGUGAUUGGUAUGACAAGCCGUUUGCCGAGAUCGACGCGGAGGAGAUAGAGCAGCGCGUGCUAAAGAACUAUCAUGCGGUCUCUAAAAGCAGUCGUGACCCAAAGCUCACGGAGAUUCUCACUGACAUUGCUCAAAAAACCAAGGCAAGGAUUGAAGAGUUCAAGCCCAUGCUGCCGUUUAUCAAGUACCUGCGCACAGAAGGGCUGAAGGGGCGUCACUGGGAUCAAAUCUCAAAGGAGGUCGGUCACGAGAUCCGUCCUGGCAAGACGCUCCUCUCACUUAAUGACCUCAACACACUGAAGGUGAGUGAAUAUGAGGAGAUCUUGCUGCGAAUCUCAGAGGUGGCGGCGCGUGAGUACCAAAUUGAGACCUCCCUCAAGAAGAUGAAAGCGGAGUGGGAAAGCAUUCAACUCGGCGUUCAGGCCUACAAAGCAACGGGGUGCUACUUGCUGCCAAAGGAUUCUGUCGAUGCAAUACAAGAGAAACUGGAUGAUCAGAUGCUCAUUACCCAGUCGCUUGGCUUCUCUCCAUUCAAGAAGUUGUUUGAAAACGACAUUUUGGCCUGGGAAAAUUCCCUGCGGAGCGUACAAGCUGUGAUGGAUGAGUGGCUUGUUUGUCAGAAGGCCUGGCUGUAUUUAGAGCCCAUCUUCCAGUCGGAGGACAUCGUCCGUCAGCUGCCUCGUGAGGCAAAGCGGUUCCAAAAAGUGCAUGAAAACUGGCAUUAUCUCACGAACAAGGCGCAUGAAAUUGGUUUGGCCCUGAACUUUUGUGAGAUUGCGGAAUCGCUUGCAAAGUUCAAGGAAAACAAUGACCUCUUGGAACUCAUUCAACGUGGAUUAAAUCAGUACCUGGAGAGCAAGCGCUCCUCCUUUGCACGCUUUUACUUCCUCUCCGACGAUGAGCUCCUCACAAUAUUGUCUGAGGCGCGUGAUCCGAGGAACAUUCAGCCACACUUUCGCAAAUUGUUCGAGAACAUCAUGGAGAUUGAUAUGCGGGGUCCAAGCAAUGAGAUGUAUGGCAUGUACUCACAGAUGCGGGAGUAUAUUCCCUUUGAUAACUCCAUUCUUCCCCGCAAGAACAUUGAAAAUUGGCUGACCGAUAUUGAAAGUAUGAUGCGAAUUUCGAUUCGUUCUCAGCUCUCGCAGGGCCUGAAGGACUGCGUUGAAAAGGGACGAAAACACUUUCUCCUCAACGCCCCGGGUCAGGUAGCGAUAGCCGUCAAUCAAAUUAUGUGGACACAUGACUGUGAGGAAAACCUGAAGGAACACGGCUCAUUGGAGCCACAUGUUCCCAAGGCGAAAGCCAAUUUAAUGGAACUUGUGGAAUUGGUGCGGCAACCUCUCUCGAAUCUGCAACGUAUGAAUCUCAGUGGUCUUAUUACAAUUGAAGUACACGCCAGGGACAUCGUCGAACACCUUGCCGAAGAAAAGAUUGAUAGUAUUUUCGCCUUUGAAUGGAUUUCACAGCUUCGGUCAUACUGGGAAAAUAAUGACUGCUACUUGCGCCAGGUGGAGGCACAAUUUCAGUACGGUGGGGAGUACCUUGGAAACACAACACGCCUUGUUGUGACACCGCUAACAGACCGUAUUUAUUUGACGCUUACAGGGGCGAUGCACAUGUUCCUUGGCGGCGCCCCAGCGGGUCCAGCCGGUACUGGCAAAACGGAAACAGUGAAAGACUUGGCCAAGGCUGCAGCGAAGCAGUGUGUUGUCUUUAACUGUCAAGAAGGUAUGACGUACGCGUCAAUGGGAAAAUUUUUUAAAGGUCUUGCCCAGGCAGGUGCAUGGGCGUGCUUUGAUGAAUUUAACCGUAUUGAUGUGGAGGUUUUGUCUGUGGUGGCACAGCAGGUGUCAACUUUGCAGGAAGCUGCACGCAGCAAACAGUAUCGUAUUCCAUUUGAAGGUACAGAGGUUAUUGUAGACCCCUCCUAUUCGGUGUUCAUCACGAUGAACCCUGGUUACGCGGGACGCACAGAAUUGCCAGAUAACUUAAAAGUACUCUUCCGUCCUGUUGCCUGUAUGGUGCCGGAUUACGCCAUGAUUGCCGAGAUUCGUCUCUUCUCCUUUGGUUACUCGAACUCGCGAACCUUGGCGCAGAAGAUGGUGGCAACCUUCCGGUUAAGCUCCGAGCAGUUAUCUUCGCAAGACCAUUAUGACUUUGGUAUGCGUGCUGUGAAUACGGUUAUUUCUGCUGCCGGUCUCAUGAAGCGUGAGUCUCCGGAUGAGGAGGAGGAUGUCCUUUUGCUUCGUGCUCUACGCGAUUCCAACAUGCCCAAGUUUUUGGAGGAGGACUUGCUACUUUUCUCUGGUAUCAUCUCGGAUCUCUUUCCUGGUGUGGAGAUGCCCCCACGGGACUACGGCUCCCUGCUAGGCGUCCUCCGGGAAAAGGCGUUGGAGCUGCACUUGGAGCCUACAGAAAUGUUUGUAAAGAAGUGUGUGCAGCUGUUUGAAAUGAACAUUCUUCGACAUGGUCAGAUGAUUGUUGGCCCCACAAUGGGAGGGAAGACAUCUGCUGCUCGUGUGCUUCAGGCGGCGAUGACAAAACUUCGGGUUGAUCUGAAUGAGGAACGGUUUUCGGAGGUGCACAUACAUGCGUUGAAUCCCAAGUCUAUUACAAUGGCGCAGUUAUACGGUGGCUUUGACGAUGCAACGGGUGAGUGGCGUGAUGGUCUUAUUGGGGAACUAUUUCGUCUCGCCGCCCGCGACGUCUCUGACAGCAAGCAGUGGAUUUACUUUGAUGGCCCUGUAGAUGCCUUGUGGAUUGAAUCUAUGAACACGGUGCUUGACGAUAACAAGAAACUCUGUCUCAUCUCUGGUGAAAUUAUUGCCAUGACGCCAUACAUGAGCUGCUGGUUUGAAGUGGAAGAUCUCGCAGUGGCGUCUCCAGCCACGGUGUCUCGUGCGGGUAUGAUUUACAUGGAACCUGCAAGCUGUGUCGGAGUGGAGGCGCUCAUCACAACUUGGCGGCGGCAUCGCCUCCCUAGCACGAUGGAACCGUACAUGGAGGCUCUAGACAAGUUAUGCUUGGUUCUAUUCCCUGCUCUCAUUGAAUUUGUUCAGCAGGAUGUGGUGGAGUACAGUCCCUCCGUGUGGCCCAACUUAGUUGUCUCAUGCUUUAACAUUUUUGAGGCUUUGCUGAUCCCCUUUACACCCACGCGAGCGACGGAGGUGCCGCAAGAAAGGUUGGAGCGACUUAAAGAGGCGCAUAUGCAUCUCUUUAUCUUCGCCGUUGUGUGGUCCUUUGGUGCCACGGGCGACAUGGACAGUCGACAACGCUUUGACCAAUUCCUUCGGACACAGCUAGACAACCUUGAGGUGCCCAUUAAACUUCCACACAUUGGCUGUAUUCAAGAAUAUGAAUAUGUGGUGGAUGAGGCUCGGUGGGUGCUGUGGACCGAUCGUCUUCCAGCCUUUACCGCGCAGGUCACGGCGGUAAACAUUGCCGACGUCAUUGUUCCUACUGCCGACGUCGCACGGUACAAAUUCAUCAACAAACUUCUUCUGCAGAAGUCCUUCCACACCCUCUGCUGUGGUCCCACUGGCACUGGCAAGACGGUCCUGCUACAGCAGCUACUCAUGAAUGAGAUGCCAAAGGAGUUUACGCCAAUUUUCUUCACCUUCUCCGCCCGUACAAGUGCGAAUCAGACGCAGGAUCUUAUUUUCUCCAAGUUUGAGGCUCGACGUCGUGCUGCUCCGCAGAUAUGGGGUCCCCCGGUGAACAAAAAAUUUGCCAUUCUCAUUGACGAUAUGAAUAUGCCGGCGAAGGAGCAGUUCGGGGCCCAGCCGCCCAUUGAGAUUCUGAGGCAAUACAUGGAUUAUCAUGGCUGGUAUGACCGCAAGACGCGCGAGUUCUUUCAAAUUGUGGAUGUCGUCUUCACAGGCGCGAUGGGCCCACCUGGUGGUGGCAGGACGUAUGUCAGUCAACGCUUUCUUCGCCACUUUAACCAAAUCGCAUUUCCAGAAAUGGAUGAGGACAGCAUGCGGCGCAUUUUUGUCUCUAUUCUAGAAAGUUAUUUUAAGCCCUUUAACGAAGAAGUACGCGGCAAACUUUCUUCUGUUGUGAAUGCAUCCAUUGGCGUUUUCUGCACAGUCACGAAGGAGCUUCGACCUACCCCUUCGCGGCCGCAUUACCUCUUCAACCUACGUGACCUUGCCAAUGUGAUGAGUGGACUGCUCAAAGCCACACCAAAGCUGACGACCAGCCCUGUUGCCCUUCUCCGAUUAUGGGUACACGAGGAAAUGCGCACGUUUCGAGAUCGCCUUACCACCGUUGAGGACAGAGAGUGGUUUGAUGAGCUGAUGCAGCGAGAGCUUGAGCGGCACACCCGGGUCGCCUUCUCGGAGGUUGUGCCGCCUGAAAAAGGCACCGAUGGUCUCUUAUUUGUCGACUUUCUCGACAUCAAAUCGGAUCAGCACCUCUACGAGGAAGUGCGGGACCCUCAGCAACUUGUCAAGGUACUGGAAGCUAGAUUGGCGGAGUACAACAGUGUUUCCUUCCACAAGAUGAACCUUGUAAUGUUUGCCUACGCCGUGGAACACGUUUGUAGGAUUGCACGUGUUAUUCGAAAGCCAAAGGGGCACGUGCUUCUUCUGGGUGUGGGGGGUUCUGGACGGCAGUCGCUCUCCCGUGUCGCCGCCUUUCUUAACGAGUUUGAGGUGUUUCAGGUGGAGAUCUCGAAAAAUUACUCUAUGAAUACCUGGCGCGAUGAUGUCAAGUCGGCCCUUCAACGUGUGGCGUUUCAUAACAAGCAGGUGAUGUUCCUCUUUACCGACACGCAAAUUGUGAAUGAGUCCAUGCUGGAGGACGUCAACAAUCUUCUCAACUUGGGCGAGGUGCCAAACCUCUUUGUGGGGCCUGAUCUGGACGAGGUCUUCAACGCCAUGAAGCCUGUGUGCAUUGCCGAGGGCAUUCAGCUAGAUAAGGUGGGAAUGUAUGCCCGAUUUGUUAAGUUUUGUAAGUCCAACUUGCAUGUCUCGCUUUGCAUGUCGCCCCUUGGGGAACCUUUUCGGAAUCGACUCCGCAUGUUUCCCGCCCUGGUCAACUGCUGCACGAUUGACUGGUUCACGGCGUGGCCAACGCAGGCAUUGCGGAGUGUGGCGCAAAAUUACUUUUCGAACCUCAAGUUAGUUGCGGCGGAGGAUGUGGAAAAGUGCACGGAUUUGUGCGUCACAAUUCACGAAAGCGUAGAGGAAAUCUCCGUCCGCUUCCUCGAGGAAACGCGGCGCCACAACUACGUGACGCCCACCUCCUUUUUGGAGCUGCUCCACACCGUUAGCCGGCUCCUCGAGUCCGAGACAGAGACGGCGAACCAUACGACGCAUCGCUUGAAAAAUGGUUUGACAAAGCUGCGUGAGACGGAGAAUGCGGUGGUCGAGCUUCGGAAGACCCUGGAGAAGAAUCAGCCGAUUUUGAUUCAAAAAGGGGAAUCCAUCAAGAAACUUGUGGAGGAGAUUGUCGUUCAAACAGAGUCUGCGGAAGAAACAAAACGGGAGGCUCAAACCGAGGAGGCGGCGGUGGCAGCCAAGCAGCGUGAGUGCGCCGCCAUUGAGGCUGAGGCACAAGAGCAACUUAGUGAGGCAUUGCCCGAAUUGGAUCGAGCCUUGGCUAGCUUGGCAAAUUUGAAGUCGUCCCAGAUUACGGAGGUGGCUGGUUACAAGGCACCCACGCCCGGUGUGGUGAUGACCGUGCAGGGGAUCAGUAUUCUUUUUCAACUGAAACCCGUCAUGCGUGCCGCAGGGCCUAUGGAGGAGAAGAAGCCAGACUACUGGGCCACGGCCAAGGAGCAGUUGCUGAAUAACCCCAAUCUUUUGAUGCAACGCUUGAUGAACUACGACAAGGAGCAUAUCCCUGAGCGACUUAUUCAAGCCGUCAGACCGUUGGUCUCCUCUGAAGACUUUACGCCAAAGAAAAUUGCCGGUGCCAGUCAGGCGUGUGCGGCGAUGUGUCAGUGGACCCAUGCCAUGGUGAAAUUUCAUGAGGUAAACAAGAAGGUGGAGCCACUGCGGCAGCGGCUGGCUGUGGCUCAAGAAGACAACCGCGUCUUUCAAGAGAAACUUCGCAUGGCGCAGGCUCGACUGGAAGAGGUUGCGAAAAAGUUAGAGGAAUUACAAACUAACAAGACGCGAGCGGAGGAAGAAAUGAAGGAACUGGAACGUGUGGUGGAGCUUACAGAGAUCAGACUUGGGCGAGCGUCUAUGCUCAUUGAUGGACUGGCCGGUGAAAAGAAGAAUUGGACUAGCACGCUGCAAGAGAUCGAUGAGAAUUCCAAGUUUCUCCUAGGCGACAUGAUUGCGGCGGCAGGACAAAUCGCGUACGUGGGACCCUUCACCGCCUCAUACCGAAGUGAUCUACUGCGGACCUGGGAGGCUGAGUUAAAAAAUCACAGUAUCCUGCAUCAUGCGCAGCUUUCCGUGUACCACACCUUGCAGGAUCCCAUCGUCACUCAGGGGUGGAAUGUCAAUGGACUUCCCACGGAUGUGUUAUCGGUGGAAAAUGCCAUUAUUAUGAAGAAUGCACGCCGUUGGCCGCUUAUGAUUGACCCACAGACGCAAGCAAACAAGUGGAUUCGGCAAACCUUUGGUGAGGGGAUUGAGAUCUUGAAGCCAAGUCAGAAAGAUUUAAUCAAGCGUAUCGAGUACGGUGUUCGCUCGGGUCGAGCUGUGCUUUUGGAGAACGUUGGUGAGGGCAUUGAUGCCAGUCUUGCUCCGCUGCUUGCCAAGCAGACCUUUACACAAGGUGGACAAGAGAUGAUCCGUCUGUCAGAGCAUCCCAUUCCGUGGAAUCCAGAUUUUAAGUUUUACAUGACUACCAAGCUGCCGAACCCGCACUACAUUCCUGAGGUCAUGGUACAAGUCACACUACUGAACUUUUUUAUUACUCCGCAGGGGCUCGAGGAUCAACUUCUUGGCGUUGUCGUGGGGCAGGAACGCAAGGAGCUGGAAAUGCGACGGAGUGAGUUAAUUAAAGGCAAUGCCGCAAUGCGUGCCGAGGUGGCCAGCAUUCAGAAGACUAUUUUGCGUAAAAUGGAGGAGGUUACUGGUGAUAUUUUAGAUGAUGAGAGCCUCAUUCAAUACCUGAAUCAGUCGAAGACCACUACCGAUGAAAUUAAGAUCAAGGUGGAAGAGGCGGAAGAGGCAGAGGUGGAAAUUAACGCAAGUCGAGAGUUGUACCGUCCUGUGUCACGUCACUCUUCAUGCUUGUUCUUUUGCUGUGCAACGCUGGCUAAUGUGGAUCCCAUGUAUCAAUACUCCCUACAGUGGUUUGUGCGGCUUUUUAUCAACGGCAUCGAGUCCGCAGAAGAAUCGGAGGUCCUGGAAACGCGGCUGCGGAACCUGAUGGAUUACUUCACGUACAGUUUUUACCAAAACAUCAGUCGCUCGCUCUUUGAGAAGCAUAAAAUCAUGUUCUCCUUCUUUCUUUGCGUACGCAUUUUACAACAGGCGGGCGCCAUUGACGAGGAUGAAUUUCGUUUUCUCCUGCAAGGGUCUUCCAUGAGCUCCAAAACGCAUCCUAAUCCAGCGCCGUCUUGGCUUACUGAGUCAACCUGGGCCGAUAUCUGUUACCUCGCAGUUAAUUUCGUCUCCUUCAAGGGAUUUUCCACGCACCUCGCCGCCAACUUGGAGCACUACCGCAAAAUCUUCAUGUCUCCUACAGCCCAUACAGAAAAGCUAAAAGGCGUGUACGCGGAACGGCUUACCCCCAUUGAGCGUAUGAUGUUCCUGCGUUGUCUUCGGCCAGAUAAAUUGAUGGAGGCGGUUCAAGAUUUUGUCAAGGAGAAUUUGGGGGAACGUUUUAUUCGUCCACCCCCGUUUGAUCUUCUAACAUCAUUUAAGGAAUCAAACCCCAUGGCGCCACUCAUCUUUAUCCUUUCUCAAGGUGCAGAUCCCUUUGAAGACUGGAAAAAGUUUGCCGAGAUGCAAAACAUGGGCAAGAAACUUUCUGACAUCUCCCUCGGGCAAGGACAAGGUCCUCGUGCUGAACGUAUGUUACAGGAAGGCAUGGAAAAUGGUACCUGGGUUCUCUUACAAAACUGUCACUUGGCGACGUCAUGGAUGCCAACCUUGGAACGACUGGUGGAGGCGAUGAGCCCUGGAAUUCACCCCGCAUUUCGACUGUGGCUUACGUCCAUGCCGAACCCACACUUCCCUGUCUCUGUGCUGCAAAAUGGUGUUAAAAUCACAAAUGAACCGCCCAAAGGUAUGCAGGCCAAUGUCACACGCUCUGUCUCAAGUUACCGCAGCGAGUAUCUGGAUACCUGUUGCAAGCCGAAGGAGUUUAAGAAAUUGUUUUUUGCAAUGGCCUUUUUUCAUGCUCUCGUUCAGGAACGUCGUAAGUUUGGUCCACUUGGGUGGAAUAUACCCUAUGAAUACACCUCGGGAGAUUUAGGAUGCUGCAUCACGCAGAUCCGCAUGUUUUUGGAAAAGUAUGCCGAGGUUCCAUACAAGGUCAUCAAGGAGCUGAGCGGCAAUAUUCACUACGGUGGUCGUGUCACGGACGAUUGGGAUCGGCGAACCCUAAACACGCUAUUAGAGGUGUUUGUCUGUCCUGAGGUGAUGCAGGAUGGCUACAGUUUCUCUCCGUCUGGCACCUACCGCUCUAUCCCCGCUGGGUCGCAGAAGGAUUAUUUGGAGUACAUUGGGUCUUGGCCGCUCAAUACAAAUCCUGAGAUUUUUGGCUUGCACGAAAACGCGGACAUCACGUGUGCGCGCAAUGAGACGUUUGAAACGUUGGAUGCCAUCGUUGCCUUGCAAGGUGAGGCAACACGAAAGAAUGCCCUGGGGAAGUCCCCGGAUGAAGUCGUUGUGGAGCUCGCUGAACUCAUUAGGAGCAAAUUGAGCGAUCCAUUUAACAUUGUACAGUUUCACAAGAAAUAUCCUACGCGGUAUGAGGAUUCUAUGAACACAGUACUCGUGCAGGAGGCCAUUCGAUUCAAUCGUCUUACGGUGGUGGUGCGAGAAACACUGGAGGCACUUCCCCUCGCUAUUAAGGGCGAAGUAUUGAUGAACCGGGAGCUGGAGGAGGUGUAUCACUGCCUGUACAACAACCAGGUGCCUGGGCAGUGGUCGGAGCGAGCCUAUCCAAGUCUUAAGCCGCUUGGAUCCUGGGUGGAUGACUUGAUGCAACGCUUGGCAAAGAUCCAAGCAUGGUAUGAGGGUGGGCACCCCAAUGUAUACUGGAUAUCUGGCUUCUUCUUCCCACAGGCCUUCUUGACGGGUAUUCUGCAAAAUUUUGCCCGUAAGAAGCAGAUUUCCAUUGACACCGUAAGUUACGGAUUUGAAUGGAUAAACACGGAUCCUGCCACGGUAACUGCGCCCCCGAAAACGGGUUGCUACGUGUACGGCAUAUUUAUUGAAGGUGCACGGAUUGACGGGACUACACUACAACUCGCGGAGUCCAUGCCCAAGGUGCUGUUUGAAAGCGUCCCCAUGUUGUGGCUCAAUCCCAUUAUCAACAAAGAGAAGCCAAAAGAUGAUGUGUACGUGUGCCCUCUUUACAAGACACUGCGACGUGCUGGUACGCUGAGUACCACGGGCCACUCAACAAACUACGUCCUCACGAUGGAAAUACCCACUACAGUUGAUCCCAAGCAUUGGAUAAAGCGUGGUGUUGCUUGUGUGUGUGCAUUGAAUUCUUAA